AUGAUUGGCAUCUUUAGUGUUUUCAUGUGGUAUUUCCUAUUGAUUUUGUAUAUAGGACAAAUUAAAGGAGUCUUUGGGACGUAUGAACCAUUAACUUACAAAACAGGAUGUGCUUUAUGGGGAAUUUUU